UUUCUUAUGAAAAAAAACUCAGCCGCGGUCAUACGUGCAGCGCCUAUCGCAUGCAAUGUAACACCGGGAGCCUCGUCCAUGAUGUGGCGCAGAUAGAGACCCGCUUAACAAAUAUAACGGCAGGCUCUACAACAAGCAGAUACCUAAGUCAUUUCUCCCACUUCUAUACUUGUUUAUAUUCAUUUUUUUUUUUCAUGUUCCUCGUCCAGCGUGAUUUUCAUGUUCAUAUUUCCUCUUCGAUUUCCAUUGUAUAGAGUAUCCACGUCCUCGAGUCCAGGGACAUCGUUUGCAUUUACUGUGAUCCGAUAUCAUGCAUUGGUUUAGGCGGGAUAUAAGUUCGGUAAACGGCGAUGAGAAGAGAGAUCCUUCUCUUUACGACCAAGGCGACAGUGACCCCAACUUGUUAAUUCCAGAUAGAAAGCUUGGGAAAGGGUACGAUGAUUACUUUAAUGGGGAUAUAUACGAGCAAUCUCCCUGCAAGCAUGUGCAGGACUGGGAGACUCCGGAGACGACCAAGUCGACUAUGCCGUAUCUCAUGCAUAUAAAAUCUUUGUCUAUGGGUUGGCCUCAUCUCCGCUACCUUGCGGAAUGGAUGGAUGUGACGACAUCACCUACCAAAUGGCAACUUAUCAAGGGCAUGGAUAAUCUAAAAGAGAUUCGGGCGGAGAGAGCUAGUCGGACGAAGAUUAUGGCCAUCGAUUUUAUCUCGGGCCAGUCAGCUCCAGCCAUGCAACAAAUCGACGACCCUAAUGGUUUAAAAACGUGUCUAGAUGACCCUGCGGUUCCAGAUGCUACUCGGUUAUAUGUCGUCGAAGAUCUCUCACGCGAUGUGAUCGAGCUUCUGGGUUCUAAACUAGACAUUGAUCCUCUCUUCUUUCGAGAGCAUAUCAACGAUUAUACUUGGUAUAACACACGAGAUCCAUGGGUCGAACUUCCCGACCUGGAUAUCGUUUCGCGAUCGCGAUCGUACUUCCGUCUAAUGUACAUGCAGCCCCGGUACUUUACGAGCCGGAAAAGCUACGAAGAUGCACUGAAGCAGGCCGGGCGGUUCAACGUGCUUAGGAGGCUUGACGAAGACAAUGAGCACGAGUCCUUAUUCGACGAUAAAUCAGCAACAGUUGCCCUUGUUAGAUGCAAGGCGUCGUUAUGGAUCAGGCGAUCUAGCAAUACUCAGCAGGCUAUUGGGGUAUUGCUCAUCGACCCUUCGAUAACAGAGGGAUUCCCUCUAUGGAGAGGAUAUCGGCCUUUCAGAAACUCACCCACACCCUCAAACAAGACGCCCUUCGAGGUACCGCCUCGGACUGGCCUCUUUGAGGACUUGAUAUUCUGGAUUCGGCAGACAUCACAGAAAGAUAUAGAUGCUAUAGAGCACAACCCCAACGCGAUGGCUUUCCGAAUCCUGGAGAUCAUAUGUGCGGAGUGGCUAACAUUAAGUCGCUACAUCACCGCACGGCUUGGUCAGAUCGAGUGGGAGAUCGAGAGCCCGGAGCGAUUCCAAGUGAGGAAAUUAGACCUCCAGGAGUCGAUGAACUUCAACACGUCGCUCAAGAAGCUUCACACGUGGCGCCGUCGCCUGCCCAUCUACAAGGCCAUGGUGGCCGACACCCAUACCAAGAUAUUCCCGAGCCACGAAUCCGGCUCCGGUCGCCGGGACUGCAUCGCCGACCUGAAGAAGGACUAUGAGAUCGUGGCGGCGCAUAUAGACAACCUGCUUUCGCGGACAGAGCGUAUCGCGGCCGUCGCUACGGCCGUCACGGCGAUCGAGGAGAGCCGGCGUGCCAUCGAGCAGAACAAGACUCUAGGACGACUUACGUAUUUAGCGGUCAUCUUCGCGCCCCUCAGUUUCGUGUCAAGCUUCUUCAGCAUGUCGACGGACCUCUCGGGGUUAACCCAGACCAUCUGGGUUUAUUUCUGCGUCGCCGUACCUAUCAGCUUCUUCGUCUACCUAUUAGUCGACAAGAACUGGACGAACAACAUGCAGAGCGCGUAUAAUAAGACCAAGGAAGUGAAACAUAACGCUAGGAUACACGAACGGAAACAUUGAUAGGGAUCUAAUACUAUGCACCUGGGCAUGUUUAUAGGAAAUGACGACUAGGUUAGGGAUAGUGAUACCAUGGGACGAUGAAUUACGACUUAUGACAGCAUGAAGAUAACGGUAGACGACAUGGUACUAUGCAUUGCUCCUUGUUCCUGAUAGAGAAGAUAGGUCAGAUUGCAUCCGGGCAUUUUACAUACGAGUAAUGAUACUUUUACUACCUCUGACUGAUGCUCGGUAUGAGUGUAUCUUGCGUAUAUUGGAGACUGUGAGGUUAAAACGGAUUAAAGAAGGUGAGGUAAAGGGGUCAGCCUAUCCAACCCCCUUUCUCUUUCACACCUCAUGAUAAGGAUUUAUCGAAUGGGUAAGCGUCUUUAGCAAGUCUUGCUUGGUAAUCCCAGCUGCGAAGGAAAAUAGGUAACUUAGCU